GAAAGGAACGUAACAUUUAUGGCCGCUUGAUUUCUUGUUUAUUUGACGUUCUUGCGUAUUCUGUUGACCAAGAGGGGAUAUCUACUGAAAAUAAUUGCAUUAAUCGUCGGCAAACAUUUGCUGUAAUAAACUGUGAAUUAAAAUUGCCAAUCUGGAAGUGAUACAAGUAACCCGCGAGGACGCCAGUAUGACGUCCGUAGUUAGAAGACGGGAACAGGACGAUUCGGGCGAAUUUUCGGACGCAUCUCAGGAUAAUGAUCGAAGCAACUCGGUAAAUGACGGGGUGGUGAACGAAUCGGAUUACGAUUCAGCCGCGAGUGAAUCGGAGAACUCAGAACGAGAUCCAGAGAGUCAGGAAACCGAGAGAAGAGUUGAUGAUGAUGAGGACAGAAGUAAUCCUCAGUACAUACCGAAGAGAGGGACAUUCUACGAGCAUGACGAUCGUACCGCUGCCAGUGGCGAAGAAUCGGCUAACACGACAUCGGAUGUCGCUUCAGAGAAGAAGGAAGGCUCCGAGGCGCCGGCGGAGCGCAGGCGACCUCCACGGAAAUCGGAGUCCGUUAAUAAAUGGUCACACGAUAAAUAUAAUGAAAAUGAACAGAUGCCAAAAUCCCGUGACGAGUUAGUUGCUAUAUACGGCUAUGAUAUAAGGAAUGAAGACGCGCCGCCGCACGCACGAAGGAACAGGCGAUAUGGCAGUAAAAAGACAAGAGCCCCUCGUCCUCGUUCUAAAUCUCAGCCGACAUCAAACGAGUCUUCAGACAGGAGUUGUUUGCGACGUAACGCGUCAAUAAAGAACAAAGUUAAGCCAGCUGUCAAAACUGUCAAAGUCAAGACUGUCAAACCACCUGUCAAAGAUAAACUACCGGCCUUGGAGAAUCUCACAAUUACUACGGUCACUAAUAAUACCUAUCAACCAUUCGUUAAUGUUUCGAAGAAACCAACACCCGCACAGCCGCCGCAGAAUGCGACGAAACCGCAAACGCAACAAGUGGUGCAGAAACCGCAACAAACAAAACCGCAACAACCGAAACCACAACAAAAUCAACAACCGCAACCACCUACUAAUGCGGAAUCAAAAGCAGGCGGUAGCAAGCGGUACAGCAGUUUGAGACAACGACCACUCGCUGAGACUUAUUCGCCGCAACAAACAACGCAACCGCAACAACAACCACAACAACAACCACCACAACCACAACAACCACCACAACCUCAACCUCAACAACAACCGCAACCAACACCACAGCCGACACAACAGCCGCAACCAACACAACAACCUCAACCGACGCAACAAAACCAACAACAUAGAUAUCAUCAAGAAUAUCCAGGAAAUGGUCCGAACUCUCAGCAUCAGGGCAGCCCUGUGCCGCAAAUGCAUCCGCAACAAUUAUUGCAUCAACCACCUUUAAAUGUGCAUCGUAAUAAUGUGAGUCAGCCGCACGGGCCCUCGCCGCCGCACCAGCCCCUGCAGCCGCAGCACUCGCAACAGGUGAGACUCGGCAUAUUAGAGCAAGGUCCGCAAAUGGUCUCCCAUCCGCACCACUCCAUGCACAAUAUACCUCCGCAGCAGCAUAUAGGACAAAUCCCCCCCGCACAAGGCUACGCGCCCCCCGCCAUGAUGCCCGCACAGUAUAUGCAGCAAAGUGGUAGCGGCGCGGUGUUCGGUGGUGCGCCGCUCUAUGCGCAGCCUCCCGCUGCCUACCCCCAUCAGAUGUACCAGCAUCAUAAUUAUACGCAGGCUGGCGGUGUGACGUACUACAACUGCGCGGAGCAGGAGCCGCCGCCGCCGCAGCCGCUGCGCGCGCAGCGCCGCCCCACCGCCGCCAUACCCAUCGUGCGGCCGCACACACACACACACACAACGCAUACAACACAUACAACACAUACAACACAUACACCUCAUACUGCGAACGUGAGCAACACCGCGCCACCAGACAGACCGGUUAAUUCAACAGAGAAAGAUAAUAUAGAUAGAAUUGUGGAGAAUAUGUUCGUAAGAAAGCCCUGGCCUGCGCAAGGCUCUGAACAACCAAAAGAUAAAACACAAGAGAACAGAAGUUCGCAAGAGCCCGCCAGUAAAGAAUCGUCACAGCCGAACAGUCUCACAUCCAGUUCUACUUCUGAUAAGCCGGAGAGUAUACAGAAGGAGACAGAAGAUAAGACGGAGAAGGUCGCAGAAGGUGACGUCACGGAUAGUAUAACAACGGAUGCCUGACUGGUAAGAAUUAAGUUGUAUGAAUGUUAUCAAAGUAAAUUUUAUACUCCGAGAUAGUUUUUUUUUAAUUAUGAAAGUGGACACACAUUUUUUUCACAUAAACCCAGUGUUUUUAUUUAUCUGUUUGAAUGUGGAUAAAUUACGGAAAAGUGUGUAAAUUAUAGUUUAUGUAUGGUUAAUGAUAAAAAAAUAGUUUUAUUUUUUUAGUUAGAAAAAAUCGAUUACAAAAAAUGGGUAGAAAAAAUAGGUUAAAAAAUUGUGAAUAAAAAUGUCACGUGUUAGAUAUAUAUUGAAUCUUAUAAAAUAUUUGUAAUCGCACAAAUCUAUAGUCAAAUUAAAUAAUGUUGUAGUUUUUUUUUUUCAAAAAAUUAUGUUUUUUUUCAAAUGUGUGGUCACUUUCAUCGGUCACAUAGACUUCUAUUUGGCUGUGGUAAAUUCCUGUGUAUUUAAAAUUUUUCAUAUUAAAUAAUGGUAUCAUAGUUUUUGAGGACAAUCUUUAAAAUGUGUGAAAAAAAUAUUUUCGUCUUAAAAUUAGUCUUUAUUAGGUUGGAAUCGUAGAUAUAUAAUCUAUAGAUGAGCGUUAGGAGAGGGAAGAGGAGAUAUCUCCUCCCUAAAUUGAAAAAAUUCAGAAAGUAUUUCGUUUCAUUUUUGUACUCUUACGCAUCUAUAAGUUAUAUAUCUACGGUUAUCGUAGCAAUGUUGUGUCAAUGUUCCAAGUUAAAAGUACAUUUUUUGAAAUUUAUAUAUAUAUGGAAACACCAAUUUUUUAGGAUUUAGGGAAACUUGUGUAGCGUGAAUUGUAAUUGUAGAACAAUAUUAAAGUCAGCCAAUAAAUAAUAUGUCAGAAUAGUUAUGUGUUAAAAAGUAAAUUAAGCACAUAAUAGACUUAGGGACCGUCCCGCCACUGGCUGAUAGAGGCUCAGAUAGCUUAAAAAUGUCACUGUCAGAUAAGGUAACAAAAUCCGAUAUUUUCAUCAC